AACUUCACUUGUUCGUGCUGCUAUUUAUGUUGCCUGGUUGGUUUCUUUGCUUGUUGCAGCCGAUCAAGGAAGCUGCCCUUGGAAAUAUUCCCACAAUUGCCUUUUGUGACACCGAUUCACCAAUGCGGUAUGUUGACAUUGGGAUUCCAGCUAAUAACAAGGGGAAACACAGCAUAGGAUGUCUAUUCUGGCUUCUUGCGAGGAUGGUUUUGCAGAUGCGUGGAACAGUUCGUCCUGGGCACAAAUGGGACGUGAUGGUGGAUUUGUUUUUCUACCGGGAGCCCGAGGAGGUGAAGGAGAAAGAGGAAGAUGAGGCUGUUGCGCCACCAGAUUAUGGCAUUGCAGAUUUUGGUUCUGCUCCACCGGUUGUAGAUUCAUGGGUUCCUGAUGCUCAGUGGGAUGCCCCUGGUGUGGUUCCAGCAGCCGCCGCUGCUCCAGUUUCUAAUGUUGAGUGGGCACAAGAGCCAGUCGGAGCAGCUGACGGAUGGGAUGCUGCCAUAGCACCACCAGCACCUUCCCUUGAAGCUGGUGCACCUCCUGUCACCAAUUGGUUGAUUUAGGUAUGCUAGAAAGAAUCUUCUUAUAGACCGAAGCUCAAGAAAGGAAAUGUAAUUGGCCUCACGAGGAUAUCUUCUCACCAAAUAUGGAACAUUUUUCAGAGAUCCGUGUGAACAAAUUGCAGCACCUAUAAGCUCUUUCUUGUCAAGGUUAAAGACAUGAUGAACAUUAGACCGCUCUCUCUGGUUGCGAUAGUAAAGCAAACCCUAUUUAUUUCACCAAUAGGCGACCUUGUUCACCCUUUCAGCUAAGUAUCCCGCUCUUUCCUUGAGUAGUGAAAUCAAGGUUUAUGAUAAAGUCAACGAAGUUUUGAUGGUGUUCUACCUUUGCAUAGUUACGCACGCUGAACUUGACGAGGGCAACCCAUACAUGCUUUUUCCUUUCGUUUAGCAAGAUAGCUUACCAACUCUUUCGGCUCAUAGCAGCAUUAUUCAAAGCAGAAUCCUCAUCUUGCUCGAGACAAGAGGAUGUUUUACGAUAGCAGAGCAAAAAAUCCAACCAAUAUAUAUACACACAUAUAAAGCAAAAGCAAGAUGAGAAGUCAACAUCUCAUAAUCAGUGUACGGGAGUCCGUUGCUGCAAGAGAAGAAGCUGUGUGGAAAGUGAAACAAUGGG